GUCCGCCUGCGGGAAGAUAUGUGGUAGCGCCUCUCUUGGUUUUAAACCGCCACGAUUCUGCCCACGACGUUCGCCUUUAGAUUCCACCUCUCCUCCCCCGCCAGGCGCUGCCUCUCUGUAUCUAUAUUCUCCUCAUUCCCCAUCACCCGCAAGCACUCUACCAUGGCACCCGCACCCGUACAGAAGAAGGGCGAGAAGAGCAAGAAGCUGCAUUCGAAAGUGGUCAUCAUUGGGUCCGGUCCCGCUGGCCACACCGCCGCCAUCUACCUGGCGCGUGCCAACCUCAGCCCGGUCCUCUUUGAGGGCUUCAUGGCGAAUGGCUUCGCAGCAGGCGGCCAGCUCACCACUACCACUGACAUCGAGAACUUCCCCGGCUUCCCCAACGGCAUCCUCGGCUCAGAGCUGAUGGAGAAGUUCCGCGAACAGUCGCUGCGCUUCGGCACUGAAAUCAUCACCGAGACGGUCUCCAAGGUCGAUCUCAGCCAGCGCCCCUUCCGUUACUGGCGCGAGGGCCAGGAGGACGAGGAGGCCGAGACCGCCGACACCUUGAUCAUCGCGACCGGUGCCAGCGCAAAACGCCUGAACCUGAAGGGCGAGGACACCUACUGGCAGAGCGGCAUCUCCGCAUGCGCCGUCUGCGAUGGCGCAGUCCCCAUCUUCAGGAACAAGCCGCUCGCGGUCAUCGGCGGCGGCGACUCCGCCGCGGAGGAGGCGACCUACCUCACCAAGUACGGCUCGCACAUCUACGUCCUCGUCCGGCGAGAUGAGCUUCGCGCUUCCAAGAUCAUGCAGAAGCGCCUCCUCAACAACCCCAAGAUCACCGUUCUCUGGAACACGGUUGCGACCGAGUGCCAGGGCGAUGGCGAGCUCUUGAAUAACUUGCGCAUCAAGAACGUCAAGACCGGCGAGGAGAAGGACCUCCCCGUCAACGGCCUUUUCUACGCCAUCGGCCACGAGCCCGCUACCGGCAUCGUCCGCCAGCAAGUGCAGACCGAUGAGGACGGGUACAUCGUCACCGUCCCGGGGACGACGCAGACGUCUGUCAAGGGCGUGUACGCGGCGGGUGACGUGCAGGAUAAGCGCUACCGCCAGGCGAUCACCAGCGCUGGCAGCGGCUGUAUGGCGGCUCUCGAAGUCGAGAAGCUGAUCGCGGAGGAGGAAGAGCUCGGUGACGAGGCAUGAGAGAAGAUCAAUAAUAUAUAUGUACAUACUAGACGUAGAUUCCAUCAUCGCGGGCACCAGGACAUUCCACUGCAGCGCGCACAAUGAAGGAUUACAACGACUCGG